AAGUCUUUACAUAUUGAGCGAUCGAGAGAAAAAUAAAACUUAUUAGGCCUACAUGUAAAGUAAAUGGGCUUAUUCAUAAGCCUAUUAAGCGAUUAACGAAGAUUUGGACCAAUUUGGUCAAAGAGUCAAAAACAAUAAAACGUAAGUUGAUCCUACGGUUUCAAAUGAUUUAAUCUAACGGCUCUAAAACAAAUGAUUCCCAAAAAAAGCAAUCAUAACUUUUCUGCGUCUCCCUCCAUUUUUAGCAAACACCAUCACUCUCGAUUUCAUAAUUUCUCAUCUAACCGAGAAGAUAAAAGGACUAAGAGCAAAAUAUUUUGCAGGUUUCUCUAUCCUCAAGCUCGAAAAAUCCGAUCUUGAAGCUGUUGAAAGGAGGUAAAGUACGUGAUGGAAGCAGAUUCUUCCAAUCUCUCUCGAGAAGUCACGCCGGAGCAAGAUCCGGUGACGGAGCGAGAUGAACACCAGACUAGAAAAAGGAUUCGUGGCUCUGAUUCAAUGGUAACUGAGGGUGCUUCUUCGGGUGGGUUACAUCAACUAUUAGAUCAGCUUCAGGUAAUAACAUCACCUGUUCUUCAGUUUACAGACAAGUGGAGAGAGAUCCACGAGGAGUAUGCUACUUUGCAAAGUUCACUUAAGAAACAAGCCGUGAGAUUAGAUCUGAAGGAGAAGUCUUUGAUGGAAAGAGUUGUGGAGUUGGAGAAGAAAGAGGAGAUGUUAAAGGAUGUUGAAGAGAGGGAAAUGAAGAUUGGUUUGCUUGAAAAGUCAUUAGAGGAGAAAGCAAAAGAUAAUGAUGUGAAGCAGUAUCUGGUCUCGUCAGUUCUCAAGAGAUUGGACUGUGAGACAGCGAGUGAAGCAGCGAAUGUGCUUGAAGAGAAGGGAAAAAAGGUUGAUGAAGAUAAGUCACGUGAGUUAGAGAAGGCUGUGAAAGAGAUUGAAGCUAGGGAGAAGAAGCUUAGAUUACUUGAUGAAGCUAUGAAAGAGAAGGUGAUUGAACUGGAGAAGAAACAGAAGGCCUUUGAAGGGGAACAGUUGGUAAAAGCUGAGGAGAUGGAACUGAAGAGAAGAGAAAUGUUGGCUGAGCUGGAGAAGAAAGAGAAAAGCUUUGAAGUGGAGCUGAAAGCUAAAGCUGAGGAGAUGGAGUUGAAGUGCAAGGAGAAGACGGCUGCAUUGGAGAAGAAAGAGAAGAGCUUUGAAAUGGAACUAAAAGCUAAAGCUGAGGAUAUGAAGGUUAAGGAGAAGCAACUUGAAGAAAAGGAGAAAGAACUUGAGUUGAAGCAGAGAGAGUUAGAGGACAAGCUUAAAGAGAGAGAGAAGGAAACAAACUCGGCUUGUUUAGCUUCAGCUUCGGCAUCAUCUCCACAACAAAGAGACAAAGCGUGUGAAGAAGAGGAACCUGAGAGAAUAAAGAUUGUUGAUUCAGAGUUUCAUGACUUCAAGAACACAAUGAGCUCUUUCUCGGUUGACAAAAUAUGGGCGCUUUACGAUCCUCAAGAUGAAAUGCCUCGGUUAUACGCUAAGAUCAAGAGAAUCAACAAGUCCCGGCUGAGUCUCGACGUGACAUGGCUUGACCCUAAAGAUGAUGAAUCAGUUCCCAUUGCUUGUGGGAGGUUCACGCACGGGAGAAGAGAAACAGUGAGCUACUUGACGUUUUCUCACGAGCUUAAACCGAUCAUACACGGCAGGAACAUCUCGGUGAACCCCAAAAAAGGUGAAACAUGGGCUCUUUUCAAAAACCUGGGACAGCAGCACAAGCCUCCUUAUAGAUACGACUUGGUAGAAGUAGUGGUUGGCUUCAAGGAUCGUCAAGGCGUUGGAGUGGCCUACCUAGGGAAGGUUGAAGGGUUUGUAUCGGUAUUCAAACACUCUGCAAAGGAUAGAGUCGUUAAGCGCGUGAUUGCACCAGAUGAAAUGCAGAGAUUCUCUCACAGAGUUCCCUCGGUUAGACUGAGUGGAGACGAGAAAGAGGGAGUUCCUGCUGGUUCUUUUGAGCUUGACCCUGCUGCUGUUCCAAGCUACAUACUCCUUGGGGGAGAAGGAGCCUGAUGUGGUUCAAGUUGGCUUUGCAGAAGACGUACCUUGUGUUUAGUGACUCUGAUGUUUAGUUCUUGUAGUAAGUAGAAGUAUCUAUGAGUGUCAGAAGAUGGAUUUUGUUAGUGGCAAUGCAAACAAACAACAAUAUGAAAAUAGUAUGGUUCUGGUUACACAUAAAUGAAUCCAUUAGAGUGUUGGUUUA